CUCUUGUGUCUCUGAAGAAGAAGGCGGUGCGGCCAUUUUAAGUUUGUCAGUCGUCAUUACAUCGCUACUGUAGGACGGACAACACCAGGACAAUUUCACCAAAUUUAUCUUACAACUGUAGUGGAGAAUUGCCUACUAUGAACUGAAACGCUUCCUAAAAUCCAAAAGUAGAUCCUAGUGAAGUGACGCAUAAGCCAGUAUUAGAGCCGAGUGUCAUUUUUGCUACCUCAAUGUAGCGUGUGGGAAUGGCUGUGGAAAGCAUGACUGUUCAUCCAAACUCCCCAACCUCCAACCACGAACACAACAGUCUCCUGACUGACGAAAGGCCAGAUGAUGGUGAGCUGGAGGAGGGUGAGCUGGAAGAUGACGGGGCAGAGAUGGAGGAAGAGGACAAUGGUACAGCAGGAGCCCGGAGUGGGGACGGGGCAGAUGAGGCGAACCUUGGGGAAUUGGGGGGGGACAGCAAACGCAGCAGAGAGCGCCAUCACAGCGGAGAGUCGGAAGAUGACAGAGGACAUCGACGGAAGAGGAAGAGGAAGAAGGAGCGUGAACGAGAGAAAAGACGCAUUAAGAAGAAGCGCAAGUCCAAACAUAAACGCCAUACCUCUUCCAACGACGAGCACUCAGACUUCAGCGACGACUCUGACUACAGCCCCAGUGAGAAGAGGAAAUACAGGGACUACAGCCCUCCUUAUCAGUCUUCUCAUAAUGCAUACAGCAAGAAGAGCUCCUACAUGAAGAUGGACAAGCCUAACUAUGAGGGCUACGACGAUUAUGAUGAAGACAACUAUGAGGGAGAGGAGGAGGAGGAGAUUCCUGAGGAAGAGUAUGAUGACUUUACAAAAGAACUGAACCAGUACCGAAAGGCCAAGGAGGGCGGGCGUCCUGGCAGAGGAACCAGAGGGCGCAUACGGAGUGUAAGAGGCCGAGGAGGAAUGAGGGGGAACCGUAGAGGCAGGGGGGGCAGCCGAGGCCGGGGUGGCCGAGGAGGCAAGCUGGGAGACGAUGAAGGCGAAGGGUAUGGAGAGGAUAUGGAGUAUGCCGAGGAUGAGUAUGACCACGAGGAUGGCUACGAUGACUAUUCGAAAGAGCUGAGUCAAUACAAGAAAACCAAAGACCGGGGCCGAGGAGGUAAAGGUGGGCGUGUCCGUGGCAGAGGGCGGGGAAUGCGAGGUAUGCUACGAGGGGGAAAGGGGCGAGGCCGGGGACGAGGCAGAGGUGAGCUGGGACAUGACGAGGACCAUAGUGGAGAUAUGGACAAUGGGGACGGUCCUGCAGAUGGAGGCAGACGAGGUCACAGUGACAAGCCCACAGACAAGAAGGGAAAGGCCAUUUGCAAGUACUACAUGGAGGGCAGAUGUACAUGGGGGGAGCACUGUAACUUCAGCCAUGAUAUUGAGUUGCCAAAGAAGAAGGAGCUGUGCAAGUUUUACAUUACCGGGUUCUGCGCCCGAGCUGACCACUGCCCCUACAUGCAUGGUGAAUUCCCCUGUAAGCUCUUCCACACCACAGGGCACUGUGUGAACGGAGACGAGUGCAUGUUCUCUCAUGACAAGCUCAAUGAUGACACACAGGAGCUGCUCAGCAAGAUGCUGGCAGAGGAUGCUGAGGCUGGGGCAGAAGAUGAGAAGGAGGUGGAGGAACUGAAGAAGCAAGGCAUCAAUCCUCUCCCAAAGCCCCCUCCUGGAGUGGGUCUGCUGCCCACACCACCCCGGCCUCUUCCUCUGGAGGCCAGUGCCAGUCCGGACUUCAGUGGAGGAGACCUAGGCUCCAACCAGCCCCCUGUAGUGGUGUCUCCUCCCAACCCUCCACCGGCCCAUCCCGAUGUAGCUCUAUACCAAGCAGUGGCCCCAAAUCCACCUGCCCCCUCUCCUCCCAUAGGACCUCCAGCUCAUGGGGCUGGAGGGGGUGGAGGUGGAGGAAAGAAGAUUCCAUCCCUGUUUGAAAUUAAAGUUCAACCAACUGGUCAGCUUGCACAGAAGCUAGCAGUCCGGGGCCAGAGCCCUGCUAGUUCACAGGGGCAGCCUCCUCAAGGAGCCCCAGGGGCUCCUCCCACACACUUCCCCACACCUGCAGGUGUGCUGCCUCCUGAUAUACCAGAGUUCGGCCCAAGUGGCGCACCCAUGGGUGGAGGGUAUCUGGGAGAUCACGGAGGGCCCCCAGGACCUGAUCAGGGUGCUGGAAACUAUAUGAAUAGUUUCUUCAAUCAAGAUGGUAGUCAGGCAGAAGGAGCUAUGGCUGAAGGAGACACUUAUCAGGGAUUCUCUGGAGACAGAGCAGCACAGUCCAGUGUCCCUGAUGUGACCAACAGCAGCGGCCAGGGAGGGGUCACUGUCCCAGACUUCCUGCCCCCAGCUCAGCGAGUGCUGUUCAUGAGGAUCCAGCAGAAGCAACAUGAGGAAGAGGAGCGUGCCCGCAGGCAGGCCGAAGGAGACCUCCACAAGAGCCGAGAGACAGAGGGAGACUCGGGGAACUGGUACUCCAGUGAAGAGGAGGAUGGUGGGAGCAGUGUUACCUCCAUCCUGAAAACCCUUCGCCAGCAAAGCCAAGCCCCUGUAAAGAGUGAACCCCCACCUAACGACCCUCGCAUGCUGAAGGCCCCGACCACAGCUCCUCCCUCUCGCCCCAUAGACCCUCGAUUAUCCCGGGACCCCCGCUUGCUCCGCACUGGAGAGGCACUUCAAGCGUCAGACUGUGCCCCCUCAGGCCCCCCUGCUGACCCCCGUCUGGCCAGGUUCACUUCACCCCAGCAGCCCCUCACCCCAAAGGCAGAGUCCCCUCUGGUGUACAAGCCGCCCCCUCUGACAGCGGCAGUGGUGGAGGAGGAGGAGCCUGAGCGGGUGAUUCGGGAAAAGCCAGUGCCCAUCCCCUUAGAGCCACUGUUGGGACUACAACUCUGGGACCCCCGGCAGCAGCUGCAGCAGUUCAGCCACAUUAAGAAAGACACUGUGCUGCCUCUGCCCGCCUUCUCCAAAGCAGUCACUUGGUCCCCCCAGGACCUACUGCCUCUGCCCCUGCCCAAACAGGACCCCCUGCCCCUUGGCACCCCUCCUGCCCCGUCCAUAGAUCCACGCCUGUCUCGUGCACAGCCAGCCCCAGUAGAGCCUUCCUCAGGGUCCUCUGUACCUGAUUUGCAGCUACUCUCUCGCAUCCUUAAGACGGUCAAUUCGAGUCCCACCCAAAGCCCCCCACUGCCUCCUGCUGCCUCCACACAGGACAAACCAGCAGACCCCCGCUCCGACCCUAGAGUGUCCCGCAAAGCCCCUUCAGAUCCUCGGAUUCAGCCACAGAAGUCAGCCUUAAAGCAGGUGUUGGAUUCAGCACUGUCUGGUUCACCCCCGUCUGGGUCAAAGUCACCCCCCACAACAGCCCCAUAUGACCCUCGGCUGCUGUCCUCUGGGGCUACGGGCAGAGCGGCUACAUCAGUGACCUUAGUGGGCACAAAUGUGCUUGGUAGCAUCAGUCUGUAUGACCCGCGCACUCACAAACCUGACAGCCCUGGAGGGGGGAGCUCCCCUUCAGAGUCUCGCUCGGACCUCAAGGCCAAGUCCAAGGAACCUCUGUUCAUCCGUAAGUCUGCUUUGGACCAGCCUGAGCCAGAAAAGAGCUCUGAGCAGGGCACCGAUCGCUACAACAGCUACAACCGACCACGACCAAAGCCUGCCCCAUCUCCCAACCAUGGGGUCCCAGGUGGAAGCGCCCCGGUGGCCCCAGGCCAGGCCGGGACAGAGACUGCUGGAGUGCACAGCCUGCCUGUGCCCUCCCUGUUUGGGGUGGUCAAACAGAGUAAGGCAGGGGGUGGAGGCAGCCCCUUUGAGGGGGGCAGCCCUGUGGACUCGGAGCAGACCUCCUCAGAGCAGGAUAAUGCUUCACUCAAAGACGUUUUUAAAGGCUUUGACCCUACAGCCUCACCUUUUUGCCAAUGACACCCCCCUUCCGCCCCUCCAGGAACACUUGAGUAGACUGACUGGCCAGUGUCAGAUUGGAUUUUAACGGAACACUUACAAACAUGUAUUUGUGCCUGUAGUAAAAAAGGUUUGAUUUCAUGUCUCCUCAAAAGGUUCCACUUUGCAGCUUUGUCACUGGUCUCCUCAGACUGUACCAGCCCCACCCUGCCCGGAGCAUGUGGGGGUCCCUUUUUUCACAUUUGUUUUAGCAUGUUUUAAAGGCAACACAAGUACCAUGAUACAACACAGCGCUGCCCUGCUUCACAAUGAAUAUGGAGUGCUCACAAACAGAUGAACUCUGCUCCUCUGCUCUCAAUCUCACUGAUUUUAACCCUGCCCCCCCACCCCACUCACCCCUGUCUGUAGGGUCCUGGAGCUUUUGUAGACCAAUAUAUGUUGAGGUCAAUGAACCUGAAGUCAAAUGUUUAACUUAUUUUUAUACUUGUGCAUCUCUUGAUGAAGCCUGGAGGUUCAGAGUUUACCAGGCCAAAGAGACCUAUUUUUUUAUUUGCUGUGUGUGUAUUGGAGGAUGAGGUAGGCUCAUCCUGGACUGCAGACAAAAUGGCGGACAAUGUGUGUGACUCGUGACUUCAUUCUGGUACACAUGUGUUUUGUGUUUGGCUUUGGAGAGACGACACUGUAAGAGAGGCUGUCUGUGUUUAAAUAAAGGUGGACCAUGUUCAACCAACGACAGCACCACUCAUCCUGGACUCAUCUACCUACUCACUCUAAGAGCUCAGAAAGUUAGGACUUUAAUGUAAUGUGACUAAAAUGUUCAACUCAAAAUUAGGGUUGCACAAUUUAGGAAAAAGUACAAUAUUUCUGACAAGCUUUGUGAUUAGAUUUGUGAUUUAUCUCUCAAUAAUUGGACUCUGUUCAAAGUUCACAUUUUAAGUGCAUCUAGAAGAAUUGACAAACUAAUAAAAGAAUCACAUUGUAUAACAAAUGUGUGUACAGAUGUAAACUACAGGGUUUAGUUACAUUUCUAUGCAGAAUAGGACAGGAGAUUUUGUUGGUGCAGGAAAUUAUGUUAAUUAAAAAAUUUGAGUUUUGAUUCAAA